AUGAUAUAACGCGCCAACGCUCCACUUAUGACGGCUCUCUAAAACCCUCAUUUUUCAUUUCUUUUCGCACCCCUGUGUAUCAAAAAAGAUCUUGAGCUGAACAGCCGCAUUGCGGAUCUAGGGUUUUUAAUUAGGGUUUUUCUUUUUCUUUUUUUCUUUUUUAUUAUUAUGGCUACUCCGUUUCAUCUACCCGUCACUGCUGCUCAGGUGGGUACGUAUUUCGUAGGACAUUAUUAUCAGGUCCUGCAAACGCAACCAGAUUAUGUUCACCAGUUUUAUACCGAAAGAAGUACGUUGCUUCGUGUUGACGGUCAUAACAGAGAGACUGCUACUUCCAUGCUGCAAAUCCAUGCAAUUGUCAUGUCUCUUAAUUACACUGGAAUAGAAAUCAAGACUGUGCAUGCCCUUGAAUCCUGGGAUAGAGGCGUUCUUGUACUGGUUGCUGGUUCAGUGCAUGUAAAAGAUUACAAUGGCCGGAGGACUUUUGUGCAGACAUUUUUCCUGGCACCGCAAGAGAAAGGUUACUUUGUCCUGAAUGAUAUCUUCCACUUCACUGAUGACCAGCCAUUUCAUCAUCCUGUUGCGUAUGUGACUCAAAAUGAUCUUGUAUCCAAGAUGAAUGGAUCAAUUGUUAUCCAGGAACAAGCAUCAAGCUACAUGGUGGGAGGUGAUGUGCAGGCAUUUGUGCCGCCGACGACCGUUGCAGAAAAUGGUAAUGUGAACAAUUACUCUUUCCAAGAGCAACAGUUGCAAGUCCCCGAGUCUGAAAGCGUUCUUAAAGACAACUAUGCUGCUCAGACAAAUGGUUCUGUCCCAAAUACGCUGAAACUACAAGACCAUUCAACUCCGGUUGUAGAAGUUGUAGGAGAGCCUCAAAAGCAUACUUAUGCUUCCAUUUUGCAAGUUGCCAAAGGUCAUUCUGCACAAUCAGCACCAAGAGAGCAGCCUGUAACGAAGAGUAAAUCUCCUUCAGAGUUGAAUCAUGUAAUAGAGCAACCUGCACAGCAGUCUACUUCUGCUCAAACUGCUGAAAGAUCUGGGGCUGAGGCAAUGGAAGAUAUAUCCAUGGCCGAUGAUGAAGGUGAGAUGAAGUCUGUUUAUGUGAAAAAUGUUCCAUCUACUGCAAAUCCUUCUGAUAUUGAGGUGGUAUUCAAGAAAUUUGGUAAGAUCAGGCAAGAUGGUGUUGCUAUCAGAACCAGAAAGGAUCUGAACGUGUGCUAUGCAUUUGUCGAAUAUGAAGACAUGACUGGCGUUAACAAUGCUAUCAAGGCUUCGACUGCUGAGAUUUGUGGGAAGCAGGUAUACAUUGAAGGAAGGCGGGCCAAUAGGAGCAAUGUGUACCGAGGUGGAAGAGAAAGAGGAAGAGGCAGGGGUGGCUACCAAGCAGAUGGAAGAGGGCGUUUUGGAGGCAGAAACUAUAGCCGAUCGAAUGGCCAUGAUGGCAAUGAUCAUCGUGAUCACAACCGAACAAGAGGCAAUGGUUACUAUCGUCAAACAUCACGUCAAGACCAGAACUAUUCCAACUCUCAGCAGGCUCCUAAAAAUGGUCACAUUACAUCGGAUUGAAGGAAUUGCUUAGCCAUGAAACCCAUGCCUACAUGUUAUGUUUUUGUCUGUUCAUUACUAGCAUUAUAGCGUUGAAAGAAAGCAAUUGAUUAAUGAGUUAGUUUGUACUGGGUAUGCAUCUCGAUAUAUUUAACUUUGGGAUGCCCCUCUCAGUUGAGAUUUUGACCUACAGAAAUAGAUUAGUGUAUGCAGUUUUUGUGUCGUUUA